CACAGCUGUGGGCUGUGAAAAGGGUAUUUUGUUUUGAGUUUUGGUCACCACUGCUUACGUGUUAUUUAGAUCAAGACUAGGCUGUGUAAUGGAUUUGUAUUUGUAAAAUAGAAAAUUAAAUUGCUUACUUGUGGUUUUUGCAAUUUUACAAACAUGUAAAAUGUUCUCUUUGUAACUAUGAAGAAAAUCAAAUGUGAAAAUAUUUCGGUAAUGUGAAUACAUCUCUGUUGUGAAGGAACGAGCAUACUAAAUUAUGAAGUCGUAUUUUUGUUAUUCGGUCUUGUGUAUUUUGAGUAUUUCUCUUUCUAGAGUGGGUGGUGAUGAGCAUACACACAUAUAUGAAGACAACGAUGAAGUUGUCCUGUGGAUGAAUACGGUUGGCCCGUACCACAAUCGACAGGAGACUUAUGGGUAUUUCUCGCUGCCAUUCUGUGUGGGAUCCAAGGAAUCCAUCAGCCAUUAUCAUGAAACACUUGGCGAGGCUCUGCAAGGUGUUGAGCUCGAAUUCAGCGGGCUUGACAUUGAAUUUAAAGCGGACAUAUCAAGAACGCCAUACUGCGAAAUCAAACUUACUGAUGAAAAAUUGAAAGCUUUCGUGUAUGCUGUAAAAAACCACUACUGGUAUCAGAUGUACAUCGAUGACCUUCCAAUCUGGGGUAUUGUCGGUGAUGAAGGAGGCCACAAUAAUGAAGUUGGUUACUACAUUUGGACGCACAAGAAGUUGGAUAUGGGUUACAAUGGAAAGCAUAUAGUUGACGUCAACCUCACAUCUGAAAAUAAAGUCAAGCUAGAGUUGAAUGCUUUCAUUCCCUUCACCUAUGAAGUCAAUUGGUAUCGGUCUAACACCAAAUUUGAGGACCGAUUUGAUAAAUAUCUCGAUCCGAAUUUCUUCCAGCACAGAAUUCAUUGGUUCAGUAUAUUCAACAGCUUCAUGAUGGUGAUUUUCCUGGUUGGAUUGGUGUCCAUGAUUCUUAUGAGAACUUUGCGGAAAGACUAUGCACGUUACAGCAAAGAUGAAGAAUUGGAUGACAUGGAGAGAGACCUGGGAGACGAAUAUGGCUGGAAGCAAGUGCACGGCGAUGUGUUCCGUCCCGCUUCCAAUGCGAUGCUCUUCUCGGCCCUGAUUGGCGCCGGCUACCAAGUCACUGUUGUCACGCUGUCUGUCAUCAUUUUCGCCAUUCUUGGAGAACUCUACACCGAGAGAGGAUCGUUGUUGAGCACAUCAAUAUUUGUAUAUGCAGCUACAUCGCCUGUGAAUGGAUACUUUGGAGGUGGUCUGUACGCACGAUUGGGUGGAAAAAUUUGGAUAAAACAAAUGCUGCUAUCGGCGUUCAUGCUGCCAGCCCUAGUUUGUGGAACGGCUUUCUUCAUCAACUUUAUCGCUAUCUACUACCAUGCAUCUCGUGCUAUACCUUUUGGAACUAUGGUGGCUGUAACCUGUAUCUGUCUGUUCGUGAUCUUGCCGCUGACUCUGGUUGGAACAGUGCUCGGCCGUAACCUGGCCGGCCAACCUGACUAUCCGUGCCGAAUCAAUGCCGUUCCGAGGCCUAUACCCGAAAAGAAGUGGUUCAUGGAACCGUUUGUCAUCAUCUUUCUCGGCGGAAUUUUGCCGUUUGGAUCCAUUUUCAUUGAAAUGUAUUUCAUUUUCACCUCGUUCUGGGCGUACAAAAUCUACUAUGUCUAUGGAUUCAUGCUACUAGUGUUCCUAAUUCUUAUGAUAGUUACUGUAUGUGUGACAAUUGUCUGCACAUACUUCUUGCUCAAUGCUGAAGAUUAUAGGUGGCAAUGGACAAGCUUUCUAGCUGCUGCAUCAACGUCUGGCUAUGUUUACAUGUACUCUUUCUAUUAUUUCUUCUUCAAAACAAAGAUGUAUGGAUUGUUUCAAACGGCCUUUUAUUUCGGAUACAUGGCGCUAUUCUCAAUGGCCCUUGGGAUAAUGUGCGGCACAGUGGGCUAUGUUGGUACCUCUCUAUUUGUGCGAAAGAUUUAUUCAACAGUCAAAAUUGACUAGAGUGACUGAUGAAAAGCUUUAGAGAGGAAUUUCUGGUACCGUUUUUGUCCGUACUUAGUAGGAAACAUACUGAAUAGUAUGUUGGAUCUGCGAUCUGUAUUGAAAUGCACAAUGUAAAAGUACUCUAAUAUUGUUCUAAAAGGAAAACUAUAUACAUGAACUCAGUGAGCGAUAACUUUUCUUCGGUUGUAUAGAAAUACAUAUUUAAUAAUCAUGGAUUAUUAAAUUAAAAUAUAAAUUAUUCAUAUUUGCAAUUACAUCGCAUGUAUAUUGAUAUGUAUUAUGUAAUGUUCCAAUAUUGUAAAUGUUGUAGUUUUAAGGUGUGUACUAGUUUAUUGAAUUGCGAUGUUAUUUAUGCGAUUUGUAGAUAUUGAUGUGAUCAAUUUCUCCACUUAUUCAAUUCUUGAAUAUUGUUUUAGAAGAAAUGACAAAAGUCAGAAGUAUUACAACAAGAAAUUUGGUUUCAUACUGAAUUUUUAGAAGAAUCAUAAAUCAAUUUCGUUUGUAGAUGAAUUGAUGAACGAAAUUAUUCCAUUGUGAAUAUUAUAGAUUGAUCCAACUUUUUUAAUUAGAAAAAUUCAAAUAUAUAUUGUUUUAUGGCUAUUUCAAAUUCUCAUUCUCUUAAAUAUAUCAAAUUGUUCUUAAUUGUCACUGUUUUCACUUGUUUUAAUCUAUCAAUGUAAGCAAUACCUACACUUCCCCCCUCCUUAUUUGAUUGUAUUAGAUUAUCAUCCUAGCAAUAGUCUAUUAAUCAAUAUAGAAUUCUCAAUCAUUGUAUAUAGUAUGUAUUCCUCUAGAUUAACCUUGAUAUUUAUUUCAAAAUAGAAAUUUCAAUAGUUACAAUAUAAUUCGAACUCUUUUCAAAGUCCAUAAACAUGUGGGAUCUCUCAUGCUUUAAAAGACGACUAUUCAUCUUAUUAAGAGCUGUAUCGUUGUUAGUUCAGUUGUGUUGAAGCCAUCUUUUUGUAUUUCUGUUGAAUAAACUUUAUAUUUAACUUAUUC